AAAACACGACACCAUUUUUCACACGGGACUGACUCCCUAGGACGCCCAUACGGAAGAGCUUCCUUUGUUCUCACUUACACAUUGUAUUGGUAUCUGCCAUUGUACAUUCAUGACACUAUAGCUCCAACCCCACAAACCUCCGAAUCUAUCAUCAUCCCCAUACAUACCACCGUCACCCAGUAAACAAAAGCGUCGCUUUCCUGACUGUACCAUGCAUCAUUCCACCCUCUGCGCUCUGGCAGUUGGUAUCCUGUCUGCGCUCCCCGGAGCCCAGGCGGGCCUUUAUACCAAAAAGUCCCCAGUUUUGCAGGUUGACGGAAAGGAUUACGAUAGGUUGAUUGCCAAGAGCAACCAGACGUCUAUUCUUGAGUUCUACGCCCCCUGGUGCGGCCACUGCCAAAACCUCAAGCCUGCCUACGAAAAGGCUGCCAAGAACCUCGAAGGCCUGGCCAAGGUCGCCGCCGUCAACUGCGAUGAGGACGCCAACAAGCCCUUCUGCGGCAGCAUGGGCGUGCAGGGCUUCCCGACCUUGAAGAUCGUGCGUCCUUCUAAGAACGGCAAGCCCAUAGUGGAGGACUACCAGGGCCAGCGCACCGCCAGCGCCAUUGUCGAUGCUGUGGUCUCGCGCAUUAACAAUCAUGUCGUGAAAGUUGAGGACAAGAACCUCGACAAAUUCCUGAGUGACAAGAACGAGACAGCCAAAGCGCUCCUCUUCACCGACAAGGGCACCACCUCCCCCUUGCUGAAGAGCGUCGCCAUUGAAUUUCUCGGUGUCAUGCCCGUCGGCCAGGUGCGAAACACUCAGUCCAAGGCGGUAUCCACAUUCGGUGUCGACAAAUUCCCUACUCUGAUCUUGUUGCCUGGCGGUGAUGCCCCUGGUAUUGUGUACGACGGCGAGAUCAAUAAGGUUGCCAUGGUGGAGUUCCUUUCCCAGGCGGCCCAGCCUAACCCGGACCCAGCACCGGCCAACGGCAAGGCUAAUGGCAAGGCUAAUGGCAAGGCUAAUGGCAAGUCUAAUGGCAAGGCUAAUGGCAAGGCCAACGGCAAGACCAACGGUGGUGAAAAGAACGGAAAGCAAGACUCCAAGAAGGUCGCCUCCUCCGAAACCUCCUCCGAAACCUCCUCCGAAACCCCUGCCCCAACCCAAGAGAUUCCCGUAAUAAUCCACACCGCCCUCCCCAUCCCCUCCCUCAACACCCCCGAAAAGCUCGUCAAGGAAUGCCUCACGUCCAAAUCCAGCACCUGCCUUCUCGCCCUGGUUUCCUCUUCCAAUGAAAAAGCCCAAAAGGCCCUCACCCACCUCGCCGAGAUAAAAUUCAAAUACGCCCUCGGCCAACACAAGCUCUUCCCCUUUUACGAAGUGCCCCUCGACACUAACCCCGCCGGCGCUUCCCUUCUCAAGUCCCUUGGCCUCAAGGAGGAUGCUGACAUUGAACUCAUCGUCAUCAACGCCCGUCGCGGAUGGUGGAGACGCUACGACGCUGUUGGUGAGGGAGAUGAUUUCUCGGAUCAUGACAAGGUGGAAGCGUGGAUUGAUGCGAUUAGGUUGAGCGAGGGCACCAAGAAAAAGCUGCCAGAGGGUAUUGUUGUUGAGGCUUCUUCGACGGAGGAGGAGGAGAAGAAGAAGGAAAAGAAAGAGUCUGGUAAGGCUGAGAAGGCUAGUUCGGAGGAGGGGGAGACGCCUGAGGCCCAGUCGAAGACGGCCGGUGGUCACGAUGAGCUGUGAGAGAUUGGUGAAAGCGUAGUUUGCUGUGACUUGUGUCAGUGAAUGGCUGAUCAAAGGUUGAAGGUUUUUUGGUACCUUUUAGUUUCGGAGAACGCUUUCAAAAGUUGGCGCACGUUUAACAGAAACGACAUGUUGCUCACCUG